CUCACGGGAUCGUACCAUGAAACCAAUCAUGCCCACCUCUACUAGGUUGUGACCUUAUUUUCAAUUUUUACCUUCUCCAACAUCUCACUUUUGAUCGUGGCAGCUCGUGUCGUUCAUCUCAUCUUUCGUCGUACUUAGCUUCGUGUUGAUGACAACUGGGUCCUCACGAGUUCUGAUGUCUCCUUAUGAAAAGUGAUAGAUUGGUUCUUCUUUUACCCCGUAGCCAUUUUGGCUCAAGUGUCAACCGACAUGAAGCUAGAGUCAGCAUGAUUGUCUAAAUAUAAUUUCAGAAUGUUCAACAUCGAAUCUAAUCCGUCUAUUUCUUCCUCUGGCUUAUUAUUUUUUUACCCCUGAUCCACAAGCUAGUCCACAACGAUUGCAACAGGGGAUUCAUUUGUAGAGGUAGGAAGCAAAAAAGAUGGCGACAUUCCUUGAAGAUUUCCUCAACUUCUGAAGCAAAAGUCCUUCGAGCCGUCACAUCGACACCAUGCUCCUUAGCUGUUACGAACAUCAAGAAGCUGUUUACGAACAUACAAGAACUGUCCGAAGAGCACCCUGACCGAUACUAAAAAAAGUCGAGGACGAGCAUUACAACAACAGACUUCUACUUCAUCGCACAGUAGCAUCUCGAUAUCAUUGCUCCGCUGUUUAUGAGACACUGUAGUACGGCUUAAAAAGUCAAGAGCAACUUCGAUCUCAACACCACUACACGAAGAGCAACAAGAUGGCGGUGUUGCAAAAUUCCACAGUACAAAAAUCCAGUUCACAACUGCAUUCGUCCAGGCGACUGAGCUCAGUACGAGGGAGGCUUCUAUUAAGGGUUACCAUCUAAUUGCAAUUGCAUCCCCCAGUACUAGACCAUCCUUGAUACUUCUGCUGCUAGAAAAGAAGCCAGGUGGGUGGAUGUUCUGCUUCUGGGGAUGAAUGUAAAAAGCAAAAUCGCGUAACAAGAACCUCUAAUUCUAAGUGCUGGGAAGGAAGUAGAGCUAGGUCCGGUUGCUACUGCUUUAGUUAAGGCUUGCCGUAAUUCAUCUUAAGACGCAUCUUUGUCAGAAGAAGACUCUUCAUCUUUGAGAUUACACUGAGUUUCUUGAUAUUCUAAGGUCUAAGUACAUGCUUAAUAAGACGCAUCUUUUACACGUUUUCAAGGGGAAAACACAGCAAAGAUGGCUUUGAAGAUGAAUUUAGGUAAGCUCCAAUUUGGGUGAAUGGGAUGGGACCGAUAGCUAUUACGGAUCCUCAAUAAUGCUGCGUUUUCUCUUCGUAGUGGGCGUCUUGAUGCAGGUAAGUAUGGUCUAUUUAAUUUGUUUACAGUAGUUCUUGGCUUUUUUUUACCGUAAGCUGGAGAUUGUUUCUUUAGGACCUCCUAACAUUAAGGAAAACGCUGUGUGAGGCAAUUUUUAUCAAGCUGUGUAUCGUGUAAGUACGUAUUUUCACUUCUCGCAGAGUUAUCUCUGUGUAUCUUCUUUUGAAAACUCAACUUUCUCCUGUCACAUUUUUCCACCCUACAGAUUGCGGCAACCGUCUUGUGCUUCAUAGUUUGGUGUCGAUCGAAUGGCGCGCCAUUAUUUCUUGGCGGUGCACGAGCGUUUUCGUAUAUGACGAUGAUAGCUGCCUUAGGUGGCGGUCUCAUCGUCCUGUGGAAAUUCGAUACGCAUCUGGGACUGUACUAUUAUGGAAACCAGUAGUGACCUAGUAGAUAGGAGUGUAUAACAUUCUUGAACGUCCCACAGUUAAUACAACAGUUUGUUGUUGUAGUACACGACAAGGUUGAAAAAUGAAUCUUCUGCUUGUACUACAAUGAAUCAUGCACCUAGUACUGGAAGAAAAACCUCUAAUCCUCUUGUUGCCUCUCUCUUGGGAUAAUGUGCUUGGCGUUCGUGCACUUCCUGGACCUGCAUAUUUUGCAUCGGGGCUACAGGCUGUCGGUGCACCCCGUAGCAACGGACGCCAGACUGGAUAUCCUCUUCACCGUGCUAGGCAACGGCCUUGGGGGUGUGGUAAUGGCAAUAAUACGGCACGACCACCAUAAGAACGUCCGCAUGUUCUUCCUAGAACACUACAGUACGGAAGAUGACAAUCUCUGAGCCAACUGCGCAGUUUGCUUAGUGGUUUAGGCGUUGGCCUGUUCACUUAUCACAGGGAAAGAUGACAACCUCCGACACGCUUCCGUACAGAACAGAUGACAAGCCCUCAGACUACGUACAGCACCGACAAUGACCAUUUCUGACCCGACUGAAGCAUGACCGUGAGUGCAGCUGUUGAAGGUGACAGCUCUUCUUGGAUUACUAGUGUUGUUGGAGUUCUCUUCUCGUGCGGCGAAGAGUACAGGAGGAUCGAUGCAAUGUAAGGAAGAGCAAGACUCUAUUGCUGUACAGCCAUUAAGAAGGACGCUCAAUGCUCGGACUGUAACAAUGCCCAGAAUCUUCGACUGCCCAUGCUAAUGAGCAAUCAUGCUGUCGUGAGAAACCUCUCCCCGGUCACUGUAUAAGACAAACUUUGUCCCAUCUGAUGAAGCCUUUUCGGAAUCAUACCUAUGACCCAAUCGUUAUACCUAUGUCGACCCAAUGAUGACACCUUUGCUGAUCAGGUUGUCCCUCUUCCUGGCAUGAGCUGUGUAGGCCGUUUUGCCUGUUUGUAUUGAUACUCCUACCUACUUUUUGGUAGUAGCAGGUUCUUUCGUUCUCGGUCUGA